GAGGGGCGGAGGGGCCGAGCCGAGCCGAGCGGAACGCGCAGGCCACGGGCGGCCGCCGCCAGGAUGCCCCGGCCCGCUGGCCGCUCCGCCGCCGGCCACCCACGCGGUCCCCGGCGGCCCGCGCUCGGCUCGGGGGCGCGGGAGCCGCAGCCGGAGCCGGAGGCGGGAGCAGCGAGCUGGAGCCCCGGGCGCCCGAAUGCAGGUGAGACACUGCUCGGCUAGACUCAGGGAAGAACCGGCACCAGGAAGGGUUGUACCAGUGGCAGCCUGUGGCACCUUCCCUACCACUCUGGACCAGCAAUCAACAGGUGGGCAGUGUGGGCUGGGCCAGGCGCAGGGUCACAAGAGUCAGACAGCCUGCCUGCUUGGGCUUCUGAGGGAAGGCCUCCCAAUCUGACGGCCAAGGCGGCGCGAUGCAAGUAGAAAUAGAUGGCAGCCCACCACGUGCAUGCCAAAUCCGGUUUUCUAUUUGAUAAUGUAAGCCUCUGCCCGCUCUGGACCCCUGGUGGGCUGCCAGACACCCCACCUGGCUGUGUGUAGCCUCAUUACCCUCCAAGCUGGGCUGUCCCAGGUUCUGGCUGGGGUGACUGUGCGUCUGCCUGCAGGUCUAAGGCUCGUGCACACCUCUGAGCUCAGUGUCUUGAAGAGACAGCGUAGCUCAGUGAGCAGGGAGGUCUUUGGUACAGACAUCUACGUGGCAAGCACUUAUUGAGCACUUACUGUGUGCCUGGCUCCAUUCUAAGCGCGUUCCCUGGCAUAGCUUACCGGCUACCCACACACUUCUCGAGGCAGAUAGGGACUAUCAUGUCUACGUACAGAUGAGAAAACUGAGGCCCAGCUGAGUCACGUGACUGGCUGGGGAGCUAAAGCUGGAGUCUAACAGCUCUUCACCCCACACCGAGUGGCCUCUGUAUGCUGAAGUCAAGGAGGCUUGCUGGACAGCAGAACGGCUGGUGGAGGGUUCAGCAGGGCCACCUCACCCCCCACGCUGGGUCUGGGGUGGGGAAGGGGCGGCAGCUUUGCGAGCAGAAGCCUAACGUUUGGGAAGGAAGUUCCCUGGCCCCAGAAGUCCCCCAGCCCCCGCUAAAAGGCCCUUAGUGGGCACUGGUGUGGUCCAGAUUAGACUCCUCCUGUGGGUCAGGGGCCUGGACAGGCCCACUGCAGGGGCACAGAGAUGAAUGACACCCAUCAGGACUCAAGAGAUCCUUCGGUGUCCGUGGGGCUCAGGCCACACCCUGCACGAGACAAGCAGGGGAGCCUGGCAGCAGGCUGGGAGGUGUCACUUCCCCUGUCCUGAGCGCCAGGGGCCUGCAAUGGCCUGUCCACCCCAAGCUGGAGACAGUCCCUGAAGGAUCACGUGGCUGUGUCUGGUUCAGUGGUGCCCAUAAGUGUUGGGGGCAACAAAUUUGCAGCCAAUGAGAUUACACAGGCUAGAGGGUGAGAAGGCCCAAGUGUAGGCAGCGUACAUAGUAGACCUGCACUGAGCACUGCACUUGUCCCCCACGCCACCUGCUCCAGGCUGUGGCCAGAGGGGCCUGCUGUGGGGUGCCUCACGUCAGAGGGACCGGCCAGUGCUCUGCGCAGGGACGCACCGAGCUGGGAAGCUGGGGGACUCACCGCCAGGCCCACUGGCAGGAUGGGGCGGCUCCCCAACACGUGCCUCCUGCCCCGCGUCCUAGGUCCCUGGUUCCUACCUAUCCACAGGCUGUCCUCGGGGGCAGGUUCUGGUCCCUGGACCAGCUACUGUCCCAUGCUGCCUGCGGCAUCCCAAGCAGCCGGGCCCGCCCCAGGCACUAGAGAUGCGGCGUCUGUCCACCCCAGCCUCCCCCUGGAGGAAGCCUCAUCGUCCCCGUUUCAGAGUAGGACGUGGGUGCAGGGACUUUGCUGGGGCCACAUGGCUAGUACACUAGAGCUUAGUGUACCCCCCAGCCCGGGGUAGUGCCAGGGCCUGCCAGGCGUGCACGGCCACGGAAGGCCUGCUGGGGGCUGACCUGGGUAAAGCAGGCCGCCCUUUCCCAAGGUGGGCACGAGAGUGGCCCCCAGAGCAUCCCUUCCUUACAGGGGAGGUUCAGGGCACUCAUCCUCCAGGCAUGUCCUCAUUGGCCAAAGGAAGUGGGACCAAUGAAAGUGAGGGCCCCCAGCAUGCACUGGGGGUGCCUCGCGUGGGCUGCGUGAGGAUUUGGGGAGUUUGAUGGUGAGAGGGCUGGUUCUGGGACAGGACCAGGUACACACGCAGCACAGCGCCCACCUGGGCCCGGCCUGGCGGCUUCCCUGAGGAUGCAGGCAGCCUGGAAGGAAGCCUAGGUGCCGCACCUUGACCAGGAGUAGGUGGAGGUGAGGGGAUGUGCACUUAUUGAGCACCCCUGUAUACACCCCCUGGGAGCCAGGAGGUUCCAUAGAGGGCAGAGGAGGGCGAAGCGGCCCAGCCCAAGCCAGGACCAGACAGGCAAUGGAGCAUGAGGGGACCCCCUCUAUCUCGCACUCCCAAGAGCCCCAGGAGCUUCACUGCCAGAGCCCAAGGGAGAGUCCCUGAGAGCUCUUUGGCUCCCCCCAAACCCACUGCAGAUGCUCACGGUCCCUGGUGUCCCCAGGCCGCCACGUGUGAGGGCUGCUGCUCGGAGCUGAGGCCUGGCUUGAGGAGGAUGUCCCAGCCGCCGGCCAGCUCCCAUCUGCACCAUGAGUGAUGAGCGGCGGCUGCCUGGCAGCGCGGUGGGCUGGCUGGCCUGCGGAGGCCUCUCCCUGCUGGCCAACGCGUGGGGCAUCCUCAGCGUGGGGGCCAAGCAGAAGAAGUGGAAGCCCCUGGAGUUCCUGCUGUGCAUGCUCGCGGCCACCCACAUGCUCAACGUGGCCGUGCCCAUCGCCACCUACGCUGUGGUGCAGCUGCGGCGCCAGCGCCCCGACUACGAAUGGAACGAGGGCCUCUGCAAGGUCUUCGUCUCCACCUUCUACACCCUCACCCUGGCCACCUGCUUCUCCGUCACCUCCCUCUCCUACCACCGCAUGUGGAUGGUCCGCUGGCCCGUCAACUACCGGCUAAGCAACGCCAAGAAGCAGGCGGUGCACACGGUCAUGGGCAUCUGGAUGGUGUCCUUCAUCCUGUCGGCACUGCCUGCCGUCGGCUGGCACGACACGAGCGAGCGCUUCUACACCCACGGCUGCCACUUCAUCGUGGCUGAGAUUGGCCUGGGCUUCGGCGUCUGCUUCCUGCUGCUGGUGGGCGGCAGCGUGGCCAUGGGCGUGGUCUGCACGGCCAUCGCCCUCUUCCAGACGCUGGCGGUGCAGGUGGGGCGCCGGGCCGACCGCCACGCCUUCACCGUGCCCACCAUCGUGGUGGAGGACGCACAGGGCAAGCGCCGCUCCUCCAUCGACGGCUCCGAGCCCGCCAGGACCUCGCUGCAGAUCACCGGCCUGGUGGCCACCAUCGUCGUCAUAUACGACUGCCUCAUGGGCUUCCCUGUGCUGGUGGUGAGCUUCAGCAGCCUGUGGGCUGACGCCUCGGCGCCCUGGAUGGCACUGUGUGUGCUCUGGUGCUCAGUGACCCAGGCCCUGCUGCUGCCCGUAUUCCUCUGGGCCUGCGACCGCUACCGCGCUGACCUCAAGGCUGUCUGGGAGAAGUGCAUGGCCCUCAUGGCCAACGACGAGGACUCGGGUGACGAAACCAGCCUGGAAGGUGGCAUCCCCCCAGACCUAGUGUUGGACCGCUCCCUGGACUACAGCUAUGGGGGUGACUUUGUGGCCCUGGACAGGACGGCCAAGUAUGAGCUCUCUGCCCUGGAGGGGGACCUGCCCCAGUUCUACCCUCUGCGGCCCUUGCAGGAGGACAAGAUGCAGUACCUGCAGGUCCCGCCCACGCGACGCUUCUCCCACGAUGACGCGGACGUGUGGGCCGCCGUUCCGCUGCCCACGUUCCUACCGCGCUGGGGCUCUGGCGAGGACCUGGCCGCCCUGGUGCUGCCUGGCGGGCCCGACCGGCGCCGCGGCGGCCUGCUGGCGGAGGACGCGCCCCCCUUCCGCCCGCGCCGUCGCUCGGCCGAGAGCCUGCUGUCGCUGCGUCCCCCGGCCCUGGACGACGGCCCGCGCCUCGCCCCCGGCUCGCCCCCCGGCAGCCCGCGCCGCCGCGCCGGGCCCGGCGCCCGCUGCGCCUCGGCCUCGCUGCUGCCCGACGCCUUCGCGCUGACCGCCUUCGAGCGGGAGCCACAGGCCCUGCGCCGCCAGCCCUCCUCGCCGGGGCCCUUCGCCGUCCGCGCCCUGCCCCGCGACGGCGCCCAGCCCGGCGGGGACGCGGCGCCCCCUGGGGGCGGCGGCGGCGCGCAACGGAGCCCGGGGCCGCGCCCGGCCGCACACGCGCAUUCCAGGACCCUGCGGACCGGCCUGAGCGCGUCGUGGGGCGAACCCGGGGGCCUGCGCGCGGCGGGCGGCGGCGGCGGCAGCAUCAGCAGCUUCUUGAGCUCGCCCUCGGAGUCGUCGGGCUACGUCACGCUGCACUCGGACUCGAUGGGUUCGGCGUCUUAGGGCCCGCCGGCGCCUCCCCAAGUCUCCAGGCGGGCCGGGCCACCCACGGGGCCAAAGCACCAAAGAUGCUAUCCUAACCCGGCCCAGGCUCGGGGCAGGCUACGCUGAGGCCGCCGGCGGCGCCUGGACUUGCGCUAGCCCUGACGGGGCGGCGGCUGUGUGCCGCCCGGGAAGCGGCCAUUGCCUGGAGGGGCAACGCCCGCCCCGGACGACCACACUGGGCACGGACCAGCCUCUGGGCAGAGUGAGGCUGGGGCUUGGGAAAAGGCAGGCUCCGGACGGGGCAGCUGGCUACCGCCGGACGGAACAAAGCCCAGCCCUGCAGGAGCCAGCAGACUGCAGCCACUUCCCACUCUGCACUGCAACUGUCACACCUCAGGGGGUGGGGUACAGAGGGUCUGCAAGCACAGGGGUCUUCAGAGCCCAAACCAAGUUCUCUGAGCAGGUCCCCCUGCUGACUUGUUCUGCCUUGGUUUCCGCAUCUGUGAGGAGCAGGUGACCAUGUUAGCUCUCAGGACUGUCUGGUCAAGUCUCCUGGUCUGUGUGCCCCGGCCGCCACCGAGGGGACAGGGAGUGAGUAGUGGAGGACCCUCCAUGGGUCCCUUGUGGGGCUCAGUUUUCAGGGGCCUGGCGUGGCCCCCAAGCCUGAGGCCUCCCACACUUAGUGCCCCUGGCCCCCUUGAGAACUCUCCCCAGCCAAGCUAAAGCACAACACUCUCGCACCAUCACCAUUGGCACACACCCGCCUUGGCCGCUGUUAGCAUCCCACCCUCAUCACUGUGCCUCCAUUGCCUAUGCACAACACGUCAGCCACCUCUGUGACUCCCACCACGAAGGUCGUGGGUACGUGGUGGAGAAAACUGAAGCAAAGGGGGAGCGGGCUUCCUUCUCCUGGUGCCAACCCCCAACCUGUGCUGGUCUGGCCAGGAAGGGAUCUUGCCUCAGAGGCCUCGCAGCUUCUGGGUUCAAGGCCUGGUCCCUGGUAAGAGUCUUCCUCCACCCUGGGGCAGGGGUCUUCUUUUGCUCUCCAUGCUGGGCAGACCUCUUGCGGGCCUGGGCUUGGCCAUGGGCCCUUGGGAGGGCCUGCUGGGUCUUGCGUGGAGGAAGACCCUUGACUCAGGCUAAGGAGAAGCCCAGGAAUAGCUGUGGACUUUGAGCUGGAGGGGCCGGGGUGAAUGCAAAGACUGUCUCAUUCCACCCCCUGCCUCCCUGCAGUGGCCCCUCCAUGUGAAGAUCUGGAGGGGGUUCCAGGGCCCGCAAGGAGCUGGUCUACCCCCUCUCCCCUCCUACUCUGCACCCUGGAAUUGCAGCACUGCCUCUGCCCCUCAGGUGGCCAAGCCUGUCUCCUCACCCUCCAGACAGGGUCUCAGCUCCAGAGAGGCCUCUGGGAGCCGGGAGAACAGGGGGGACUACGCAGCUCUGUCUCACCCUCAGAGGCCCCUUCGGUCUCUGGCUGUGGGGUAACUUGGCGGGAGGAGCUGGCCACAGGUGAGUAAGGCAGGGGCCUCCGGUCCAGCCUCAGCCAUGGGAGGCCUGCCUCGCCAAUGCUGCUGUGCCUUCAAGGACCAACAUGAUGUGGGGGCAGAGGCAGCCAGUUAGCCACCGUUCCCCACCCCCGCCGGCCGAUUGGUCACCUUGGGUUUUCAUAUCCAAUCUGUGUACUUCAUAUCCAACGGCAAUACUUGCAGGGAGGCGUGGUCCCCUGAAGUCCCUCCAGUCCUGGUUUUUACAAAAUUAUUAAAGAGGAGGGAGGACCCCAAGCAGAGGCCCCCGGAGCGUGGGGCUCCCUCUCUCACUUUGUCUUGCCUCCAGGCCUGUUUGCUGCCCUGAAGAGCAGCUUGGCCCUGGGUUCACUGUGGAGGGAGCUCUGUCUUCAUACCACCACCCAGCCCAGAGCCAGGGAUCCGUUUGUAGUUUUUUUGGACAACUGAGCAUUUAUCUUCUGUACAGAAUCGAAUAAAAACUUCCUAUGAUUUGCACCAGG